AUGGAUAUUGAAGACCAAGAGACUCGGUUUCGGCCACGAGCUGGCGAUCAAGAACAACAACCCAACAAGAAAGCAAACCAAGAGACAGAGAGCAACAAUGGAGGACUGUUUGCCAAGCUCAAGUUCCCAAAGCCAGAACCUUUAGACCAAGAACGCAAAUACCCAGCUCCUCCUGAAUUCACUCGAAUCUGUGAGGUCUGCAACAAGGGGUUUAGCUCAGGUAAGGCACUUGGAGGUCACAUGAGAAUGCAUGUUCAAGCAAACAGAGAACUGUUUCAGGCUCGCAAGAACAAGUUUCAAAAACCCACCAAGAUUCUGAAGCCCAACAAUUCUGAUGUUAGCAGCUCGAAUGGUGGUGGGGGUUUUGGGGUUGAAGGUAAUAGCAAUAGCAGCAUGAAGCCUGAUUGCUGUGUUUGCGGCAAGAACUUUCCGUCUAUGAAGUCUCUGUUUGGGCACAUGAGAUCACAUCCUGAGAGAGAAUGGAGGGGAAUUCAACCUCCUCCAACAAUAGCCAAGAACAGCUCGUCUUCUACUUUAUCAGAUGCUGUGCCUCAGAACAACAAUAAAGCUGAUGAUCAUCAGAUUGACUCUGCUGCUACUCCUGUUGGGUCCAAUAAUUCUGCUCCUGAUCUGUCCAAGACUCUGCCUGGUUGGUCUCUCACUGCUAGGAGAGGUAGGAAAAGCAUUGGCUCAUCAGGCAACUCUGAAUCUGUUUCGGGAUUGGAUUUGAGUCUCGGAGUUGAAGAGCAGAUGGAGGAAGCUGUUCACGAUCUUUUGAUGCUAGCUCAAUCCAAUCCCCGCUUCUAUGGAUUGUCAGAUAAGGGAAAAGGAGCUGAGAUGUGUGAGGCUACUAACAGCAAUUUCUUCAUCACCAACAAAAGCAACCAGGCUGAUUACAUCAAGGACAAAAACCAGGUAAUUGAUUAUGAGGGGACCUCAAAGAAGAGAAAAGGAACUGAGAUGUGCUUUCCAUCCAAGAACAUGAAAAGUGAGAAAAAAUGGUUUGAUGAAUAUGAUGGUGUGAAAGGGAAGGGUGUUGUGGGAAUUGGGUUUGGUCCAGAAAAGUCAUCAGUGAAGAAUUUCUUGAAGUUGGGACCAAUGGAGGACAACAAGAACAACAACAUUGAAGAGGAAUUAUCAGACAGUCAGAACUCUGAGAGCAUUGUGCUUGCCAGCAUGAAGAGGAGGAAGAGGAGAAAGAUGAAAUUGGUAGACUUGGAAGGAGUGGUUGGAGAGAUUAUUGGUGCUCAGGGUCAUCAUCAAAGUCUCCAUCAGAAGCUCAGAUACAAAUGCAGUCUUUGUGGCAAGUCUUUCCCAAGUCAUCAAGCAUUGGGUGGCCACAUGUCCAGCCAUAACAAGCUCAAGAACAACAACAACAACAACAUCAUCGUGAACCAUUCAUCUCUGGAUGAUCAAUCUGCCUCUGCUGAUGUGUCAGCUGCUGAAGGUGGGCAUAAUCUUGAUGAAGCACAAACAACCAUGGCACUUGAUCAAGAUCAUCAUGUGGCUGGUGCUGGCUCUGGCUCAGGAGCAGGAGGACUAGGAGCUCAUCAAGCUCAUCACCAAUGCAAAAUCUGCGACAAGAUUUUUCCAACAGGUCAGGCCUUAGGGGGUCACAAAAGGUGCCAUUGGACUGGGCCCACUGAGCAGCUGCUACUUCAGUCCAGUCAGGCAGCUUCACCAGGUGAAACAAGCCAAAACGCAGGUCGUAAAGUUCUCAACUUUGACCUCAAUGAGCUUCCAGCUAUGGAGUUUGAAGAAGGUACAGAUCAGUAUGGGGCAGCUGGCUAUGCAACUUCUUCUCACAAUUCAGUAACUUAG